UUCAGCGCGGUCAGUCGAGCGGAAGUUGAAACGCGGUAACAGUGCGCUUUAGUGCAACGCGUCACGCACAAUAAUUUCCGUUUGCAAUAAAAAUAAUUUCACUUUCCCCGCGCCGCGAGAGUGCGAAGCGAACGCAAUGCAAGUGAAACGCAGCGCGCAACGUGUGCAGAGUGCGCGUCUACCCAACGCGCUAUUGCUAGCGGCAUUUUUGCUGCCGCGCUUCAGCGCGUGUGUUGCUAUAGCCGUAGACACGGCGGACGGUGGCAGCAGUAAGCUGCAGUUCGAGCAGCCAGCCCAGCCGCUGCAGGAUCACACGCAGACGCAUUUUUUGCCAAAUCGCACGGGAAUUGUGCAACUUUUCGAAUGGAAGUUUGCCGAUAUAGCGACGGAGUGCGCACAGUUUUUGGGGCCGCAGGGUUACGCAGGUGUACAGGUUUCGCCGGUCGCGGAGCAUUUGGUUGUGCGCACGAAGUCCAUGCAGCAACCGUGGUGGGAACGCUAUCAACCGCUCUCAUUUCAAAUUGUGUCGCGCUCUGGCGGCGAGGUCGAGUUUCAGCAAAUGACACAAGCUUGUAAUGCCGCCGGUGUGCGCGUCUAUGUCGAUGUGGUGCUCAAUCAUAUGGCAGGCGCUUACAAUCACGCGACAGCCAGCGGUCAACAGUUGCUUGAGGGUUACGCCGGUUCGACUGCCAAUGCCAGCUCAUAUGAGUUUACUGCGUUGCCAUUCACUAGCCGUCACUUUCAUAAACCAUGUACGUUGACAAAUUAUAUGGAUGCUCAUGUGGUGCGCAAUUGCGAGCUGAAUGGUUGGCCCGAUUUGAAUCAUUAUCGUCUGGAUGUACGCGCUAAUUUGACGGAAUUUCUGAAUCGUUUGGUGGACUUAGGUGUAGCGGGGUUUCGUGUGGAUUCGGCGAAAUAUAUUUGGCCGAUUGACAUUAAGCUCCUUUUCCAGGGCGUCAAAAAUCUGAAUAGUGAGGCUUUUGAUUUUCCCGAAACCGCGCGUCCAUUUGUUUACCAAGAUGUCGUAGACUUGGGAGUUGACUCCGUAUCAAAAACGGAGUACUCCAGCUACGGCAUGGUCACGGACUAUUUGUAUGCCGCCGUUUUGGCUAACAUUAUCAAUGGCAGGGCGCCGCUGAGCACACUAAUAAAUUGGGGCCCUGCAAUGGGGUUCCUGCCACAUCAGCAGGCGCUCGUCUUCGUUGACAGUCAUGAUGGACAGCGAGACCGUAACCUUUUGGGCGCUAAUCAGCUGAUCUCCUACAAACAACCAAGGAAAUACAUCAUAGCAACCGCAUUCAUGUUGGCACAUCCAUAUGGACGGGUUAAACGGAUUAUGAGCUCGUAUUACUUUGCUGCACAGAUCCCUGAGCAAGGACCGCCAUUCGAGGAAGGUAAGGAGCCAGAGGCGGAUGCUGAGGCAGAUGCCAGUGUGAUAACAGACGAUGGUGAGGCAGCAGAAGGUAGUGAGGUAGCAGAGGGUAGUGAGGCAGCGGAAGAAAAUGUAGAACCAGCGGAAGGUGACGAACAAGCAGUUGAGGUAGAUGAGAAUGCGGCAGAGGGAGAAAACAAGGCUGCAGAAGUGGAAAGUGAAGCAGCAGAAGUGGAAAACGAUGCGGAAGAAGUGGACACCGUGGUAGUAGAGGGUGAUGAUGAUGCUGCAAAUGUUGUUGCGAGCUCGUCACACAUACGCUCACCGACUUUUGAUGCGGCGAGUGGACGCUGUGAGUAUGCAUCUGGUUGGGUUUGUGAGCAUCGUUGGCCGCCCAUCGUACAAAUGAUACAGUUGGUGAAUACGCUUAGCGAAAUGGAGGAUGGCGUCAUGAAUUUUCAAACGGGCGGUCCGAAUCACAUAGCCUUCUGUCGUGGCAACAAAGCAUUCUUUGUGUUUAAUAGCGAUCUACAGUUGGCUUAUGAUGCCGAUGUUGAGACUUGUCUACCGAGUGGUACGUAUUGUGAUGUGAUUAGUGGUGGACGUGCGGAGAAUGGUGCAUCCAGAGUGGAUUGUGCAGGCAAGCGUGUUACAGUCGGUGCGGAGGGUAGAGCGCAUAUUAUGGUGCCAGCUGUGUUGGGCAUUGAUGAAGAGGGCGCUGCGGUCGGAAGUGAUUAUGAUGAAGCGGAUGUGGAUGCGAAUGAUGCCUACGGAAUCGCAGCUGGUGCGGACGGAGAAUUUGGUGUGCUGGCCAUAUAUGAAGGAUCGAGAUUAGAUAACGAACCGCAGACAGACGACGGUCAAGCAUCGCUGGGUGGAGAUGAAGACAAAACUGUAACUGAAGUCGUAGCAGAUGAUGAAGAGGACUCUGUUGAUGCAGAGAGUGUAACGGAAACAGUGGAUGUGACUAAAGAGGUUGUGUCUGCUGAAGAGCUGGAAGAUGCGGUGGUAGAGAAGAAGAACGCUAAGCUUGAGGAAGUCGCAACCAAUGCUAGCGUUGAAAAUGAGAAUGCAGAAGCGGAGAUACCAGCUGUAGAUACCGCUGCAGCCGACGAAGUAGCUGAGGAACAAGUUAGCGAAGAGGGAGAAGAUGACCAACCAGCAGUUGACGAAGAAGAGCCAACAAUAAAUGGAGACCAAGAGAAGAUGGACGAAGCUGAGGGACAAGUUAGCGAAGAUGGAGAAGAUAAGCUGCCAGCGGUUAACGAAGAAGAACCAGCUGUAGACGGAGACCAAGAGAAGAUGGACGAAGCAGUGACAGAUCCAACUGAGGAAAUAGUAGUCGCCGAUGAUCCUGCAGCAACAGAUGCGAUUAACAGUGAGAAUGCUGUAUCUAGCACAGAGAACACAUCAGAUGAGUUAGUCAUAGAUCCUCAUUUCGAUGAAGGUGCAAGUAAUGAUGAUGAUACAGUGACAGGGGUUGAUACAGCUGCAACAGAAGCGAGUGGAGAUCAAUUUGCUCGUAAUGUAACUGGAAUGCGAGUUGGCUUAGUAAAUAUAGAGAAAGUCGUUAAGGAGCUCGAGAAUAAUGCGGGAGACGAUAAUGGAUCAGGAAUAACGACAGCUGUGAAAGACAUGGCCGAUGGCGUUGCAGAGAAAACUAAGGAGGUCAUUGCCAAGGCCGGCUUCAACAAUAUGGGCGCACGCAGCACACAAAGCAAACAAUUUUGCAGUUUACUGAUACUAAUCAGCAACAUUUUAAUACAUUUGUAGAGCACUUAAAGCGAGCGAUAUGAGAAAAGUGAAUUUUCACUUUAUUUCAUUUAUUUGAUAUUCUUUUAUUUUACAUAUGUAUGUGAGUAUUUGCCAUUUCUACAAGCCAUUUGCACAAAAUAAAUGUAAAAUAAACU